CCGAAAGCCGCCAUCGGCUACGGACGCGACCGUAUCUAGCCCCUUACUGCGCGUCAAGGGCGUUUUUCAACAUGGCUGUAUCGAUAGGUGACGCGAUCAGAUGACAACGCGAUGCAAGUGAAAAGGACGGAGUGCGGUGGUGGUUGACUUUCGUGGAUGCUCUUGCGCUCGAGCUUGGCGUCCUCGGAUUCUGCCGACAACAACAUGAUGGGCGCAUACGUCACCGCGGCUACGCGACAUUCCAACACCGACACGUACUCCAGAGGUAAACUUGGAAUUUUUGUCACUUCAUCGUAUCAAUUCGCGGACUCGUGGAUAUCAUUGCCGUUACUUCUCUAGAUGAGUAAGCCCUGGAACAGGAUGCGUGGCCCUCGUUCCCAAGACUAUGCGCCUCUGCCGUUGAGCGAGAAGGAGCCUCUUUCGCACAGAUCUCGACGCGACCAACGGUCGAAAGGCUUGGGCAUAUGGGUUCUACGAGCACUCGGCGCAUGCGUAGUUCUAUACGGAGCCUCCAACCUCCUUAAUGUCUCCACCAACAAGUCCUGUGACAGCGUCAACGAAGGCUACCGCUGUAGCCCGAAGACGAGCCACUCCUGGGGUCAAUAUUCGCUUUGGUAUUCCGUACCCUCGGACAUCAACGUAGCGCCUCCGAAGGGCUGCGAAAUCACCUUCGCGAACGUCUUGUCCCGCCACGGCGGCCGCGAUCCCACUCUGGGGAAAACCCUCGCCUACCACAUCUUGAUCGCAGACAUCCAAAACACGAGCACAUCGUAUCCGAAAGAGUUCAGAUUCUUGAAGGAUUACGAUUAUACAUUGGGUGCGGAUGAGCUGACGGAUGCUGGGAGGCAGGAAAUGGUCAACUCAGGAGCUCACUUCUACCGCCGUUACCAGAAGCUCAUCGACGACAACGUACCAUUCGUACGCGCGGGCGGACAACACCGUGUAGUUGAGUCAGCUGAGAGGUGGCUUGCGGGUGUCGCGCAAUCACUUAAGGAAGAGCCGCGAAAGAUCGAUGUGGUGAUUCCAGAAGGGCCGAAUUGGAACAAUACUCUCUCCCACGACAUCUGUCCAGCAUUUGAGGGCGGUCCACAUCAUGGUCUCGGGGAUAGGGCGCAGCAUGUCUGGGCUGACAAGUUUGUGCCGCCGAUCCAACAGCGCAUCAACUCUGCUCUUGGAACGAACCUCAGCGCCACGUCCAUCGUGUACUUGAUGGACAUGUGCCCAUUUGAUACAUUGGCGCAUCCGUCAGCCAAGAUGUCAGACUUCUGCAGAAUCUUUACCGAAAAGGAGUGGCGUGAAUACGACUACUUCCAGACACUGGGCAAGUUCUACGGCUACGGCGUUGGCAACCCGCUUGGUCCGACUCAGGGCGUUGGAUACGUCAAUGAACUGCUGGCGCGACUAACGAACAAGCCUGUUGACGACAACACCAACACGAAUCGCACCCUAGACUCCGAUCCCAAGACAUUCCCCCUCGACCGCAAGGUAUACGCCGACUUCAGCCACGAUAAUGACAUUAGUGGUGUUUUGGCUGCGCUCGGCCUGUACAACAGAACGAAGCCGUUAUCGAACACCACUAUCGAGGAUACAAAGAAGACACAUGGUUAUUCGGCAGCAUGGAGCGUGCCAUUUGCAGCACGUCUCUACGUGGAGAAGCUGCAGUGUAAGCACGAGAAGGAAGAGUCAGUUCGUGUCAUUGUUAACGACCGCGUACAUCCAUUGGACUUCUGUGGUGGUGACAAGCAUGGCAGGUGUACGUUGAGUAAGUUUGUAGACAGCCAAAGCUUUGCAAGGAGCGGUGGCCUUUGGGAUCAGUGUUACGAGUAGAUGUCGCUGUUUAGCGCGUAUUUCAUACUGGCAUUCAGCAUUUGACCUUCAGCAUCGCAUCAGGAGCACAUCUGCAGCAUCGCAAUGUACUUAUCCAUUGACAUUGACACACUAUUAGAAGGGGCACUAGACGAGGUCAUGCCCACCCAAUUGUUUGUUAGACAAUGAACCUGGUU